UGUCAGUGAGGAAGGAAGUUUAAACUAACCUGUGUAUUAAUAUCGCGAUAUAAGUGCAGUCGACGGGCGUUUGCGUUUGCCGAAGUAUCAGACAUUGAUGUUAAAUGGAAAUGAAUGAAAGGACGUAUUUCAACAGAUAGAAAUGAUGUGAAAAUGGCUUCUAACAACGAUGGCCAAGAAUUUGGGAGAAAUAGUGUACAAAGAAAAGAUGGCAGUGUGAAACGACCGAUUCCGGCCGGUGGCAAACCCAAACCUCAGAUAGCCAAAAAGCCAUCAGUUUCAAAUAAACCAGCGAGACUCUUAUCACAAACAAGCGUAGACACAUUCGAGGGAAAUAACUCCACAGAGCAUGUAUUUAAUCCUCAAUUGCACGAGCACAAGCAAGCACCGGGUCAGACUCAGAACGAAACUAAGGUGCACAACUCCCGUGACCCGUCCAUAACAAAACAUGCAAUCCCAACAGUGCCUGUGACCCCACUUCCUCCCUCAGCACAAUAUAACAGCACAGGUUUUGAUGAUGUCAUUGAUGGUGCACGAGGAUUGCUUACACAGGAAGCAGAUCCUGUAUUGCAAAGUGACUCCCAUGGUUCCUCAACUUAUGGGUUUUGUUCAAAGACGCUGCAAGUUCAAGGUCAUGACUUGGAGGUUAAUCUACAAAAUAAUGUGAAUGUUUCUAGUCAAGAAGCAUACUCAAGACAUGGUAGUAGCAAUCAUAUACCAAACCAGACUAGACCUUGUUUCGAUGUUAAAUCAAACAACGAAGAAACAAAUUUGUCUAGAAAAAGUUCAAGAAAACCUCCGUCUGUUUCACCGAAACCGAGAAAGGGUUCUUUGGCGCCUGAGAAUAAGCAAUCGACUUUUGGUAGGGAGGAGGAAGUGAUGGACAUAUCUCCUAGUUCAGGGAGUAAACUAAGUACUGAAGCUCUCCAAGAGCAGGACAAGGGAAAUUCCUCCUCUGGUAGUGUUCUGUCCAAAGUUUCCAUAUUUUCUGAACAGAUUAGCCAGCAACAAACGACAAGCAAGACUAGUGUUUCAAGAAGUUGGACAUUAAAUUCAGCCGAGAAAAAAUCUCUGAUAACACGAUCAUACAAAACAGACACUGAUGGUGAGUUGUCGGUCAAACCCAGUGGGGUGGACAUCGGCACACCUGUGAAAGAGGAUAGUUCAAACUUACCAAGAUCAAAAUCGACAGUUACCAUGAGGCCUAAACCUUCCCCUAGGGUCUCGCCAAAGGGGGUUAAGCCUGUUCCCAUCCCAAGGAAACGGUUAUCUCUGGAACAAAAAACAGCAGCCGAAAUAAUGGAUCGAAGAAUUGAAGAAAGUGAUUCUAAUUGUACCGUGACAUCAUCAACUUCAUCAAUGACAUCAUCAAUGACAUCAUCAAUAUCAUCAAUGACAUCAUCAAUGACAUCAUCAUUUCAGAAUGGAGAAUCAGGGGAUUUUACCAAUAGACUUCAAGCAGAAACAGAACUUGGGAAAUUAGAUUUGUAUGAUAAAUAUACAACCCCACCCCCGGACAUUCCCAAAAAACAAAAUGGAGAAGAGGUGAAAUUCAGGUUUGACGAUCUCAACAAAGUUAACGCUGAAGAUGAUACAUCAUCUUUGUUGAAUGACAUCGCAAAAUUAAUAAAUGAGGCUUUUGAUGUAUCUCCCAAGCCUAGGCCUGUAUCGUUGGAUGCCUCUCCAGUACGACCACCCCGAAGAAAACGACAGUGCUGCAAUCCUGACUCCAUGGAGUACAACAGUGAUUCAGAGUUUAGUGUGCUAAAGAAAGACUCACAUAAAGGCUCUACUCAGUCUCUGAAUGCUUUAGAACUCAGCUCAGUUUCUUCAAGUAACAGAAAGCCGUGUCCACCAAAACCAAUUCGCAAGAAGCUGGCAAACGGGAAAACAAAUCGGAGUCAAUCUGACCUUGGUGAUAUUCGUCAGUUAGUUCUAAUGAAGGAAAGUGCAAUGAAAUUGAACCGUCAGGUUAAAAUGGAUUCUCCAAGUGAUCGUAGUACUGUUCCACAAAUGAGGGAUAAAUCAAAUGUUCAGAUUGUAUCGAAUCGUGGAAAUAGUUGUAUCCUAACUCCAGACACAAGAGUUCCUCCAAAUCAGGAGGCAAUUAUUCGAGAAAAGCUAAAAGAAAGGUCAAAAAGUCUUCCUGGCUCACGAAAUAAAGGUCGCCCUAAGCGUCCUGCUCCCCCGCCACCCGUGCCUGGAACUAAAGUGCUGUCUGUUGGUAAUAAACUCAUGUCAGUGAAUUCUCUUGAUGAUGAUAAUCCAUAUUAUGAAAUUCCAGACAUGUCUAGGAUUGAAAGGACACGUGCUUCAUCAUUACAAACAACUUUUUCUUCAGAAGGGAAAUUUAUACCCCCACAACUUCCUCCUAGAAAUGAAUCUAAAAAUAUGUCAGCCUCUCAUAUUUCAAGAGUGUCUCCCGCAUCCUCCAGAGCUCUUGAUUUUGAUCGGCCAAUUAGCCUCAUCAGUAACCAGUCAGACAGUGGGUCGAUUAGUCAGGGCAGUCCAGCUCAGGGUAGCAGCUCCUCAGAGGAUGAAAGUCUGGACCAGGAAACAAGGAAAGAGCGGAAGAGAUUAAAAAAGAUCCGCUUCAUCGCCCGUGAGAUUGCUUCAUCGGAGAAAGUUUUUGUGGAUGUUUUGAAGCUGCUUAAUAUUGAUUUUCGGCUUCACAUCUCGAAGGCAGAGGAGGAGGCCGGGAAAACCAUUGUACCAAAGGAAUAUAUGGAUAAGAUCCUUAGUCAUCUUCCACAACUACAGAACUUCAACGAGGUCCUCCUCAAGGAUAUGCAGGCUCGCAUUGAGAAAUGGGAUGAGAAUCCGACGAUCUCAGACAUCUUCGUGAAGAAGGGUCCAUUCCUGAUGUUAUACACGUCAUACAUACAGGACUUCAGCGACAUGACCGCCAUCCUGGACGAGGCUCUCAAGAAACUACCACUGUUUCAGAGUGUGGUCAAGGAAUUUGAGAUGAGCCCACGCUGUGCAUGUCUCGCGAUACGACAACAUAUGUUAAAACCCAUACAGAGAAUACCACAGUACAAAAUGCUAUUACAAGAUUAUUUGAAGCAUCUUACUCCAGAUUCUCCAGAUUAUAAUAACACACAAGAAGCUCUUGUGAUCGUUAGUGCAGUAGCUGAUCACGCUAACGACAGUAUGAAGCAGGGAGACCAAGUACAGAGGAUGUUAGAGAUUCAGAAAUCACUCGACGGCAACUUCGAAGUCAUCAGACCAGGCAGAUUGUUUAUCAAGGCUGGGGAGCUAAUGAAGUGGUCCAGGAAAGAAAUGCAGGAGAGAAUGUUUUUCCUGUUCAGCGAUGUGUUGCUGUACACCACACCUACAGCUACAGGGGGAUACAGGCUCAACCAGGUGCUAACUCUCACUGGCAUGAAGGUGUCCAUGUCAACACAUGAUGAAUUCAGUAACGAGUUUAACAUCAUCAGCACCCACAAGUCUUUCACAGUGGAGGCUAAGACACAGUCAGACAGAAACGCAUGGCUUGCUGCUCUCCAACAAGCCGUGGAAGAAAAUGCAAAGAAGAGGAACACAUUUGAGAAAGUGGAGGUGCUAGACCAUGACUUUAAGAAAGGCGACGAGGCACCGGUCUGGAUCCCUGACACUCGUGUCACAAUGUGUAUGAUAUGUACGUCCGAGUUCUCCGUGAUUCACAGACGACACCAUUGUCGAGCGUGUGGCAAGGUUUUGUGUUCAUAUUGUUCAAUGAACAAAGUGCCGCUUAAAUACCUCAAUGGCAAAGAGGGGCGUGUUUGUAAUGAAUGUUACGAUGAACUGAAGCCAGAAUACAUUGAUGAUGAGGAAGUAGAAAUACAGGAUCAACAGAAAUCACCAUUUGAUUUCAUCGCCGGGAAAUUGUUCCGGAAAAGCAAUAACAAACCUCAUCGACCAAAACGAUUUCAGGAGGUUCAUGCAAAUGAUCAGGGGUCACAGAUGAGUGGUUACCUCAAAGUUCUACAGCAGAAGGGAAGGUGGAAAAAGUACUGGCACGUCCUCAAGGAUAAGGUGCUUUACACCUACAGAGCUAGUGAGGAUACAGCUGCUGUUGAGAUAAAGCCAAUUGUUGGAUAUGAAGUUGCAGGGUUUGAGGAGAUUUUUGAAGGUAUUCACCAAUCGGUGCUGUUCCAGUUAAAGCACCAGAACCAGAAACCGAUUAUCUUCCAGGGGGAAAACGCCUCCAUUACAGAAAGAUGGAUUAAAGUCAUGAAGGAGGCAUCUGUACCCUGAGCCUUUAAGAGGUUAACUUAUCAACUUACAGACCCAUGGAACACAACC